GAGUCGCUGUUUCAUCUUUUGCCGUACCAGGAGAUGCCGGCGUUUGGAGGACAGGUAGUCUGAUGAGGUUAUCCACAGCAUCGAUUCAUCGGGUACAUCAAUAUUAUUCAGCAGAUUCAACCCGGACUAUGUGAAUUGGUGUUAAAUUUGUGAAUGAUUAUGUUCUGGUAGGUCACACUUAGCGGGUUACAUCGUGUUCUCUGCAGUGGACGACAGGUUUAGCUACAAAUGUGCCUGUUAGCUAGCUAACGAUUAUAAAACGUUGUUGCCAGGGUAACUGUACCUGAAGAGGUCAUGAAUUGUUGGUGGGUAUGAUUACAUGGAGGGGCUCUGUAUUAACUGACCUCAGCUUAAGAACAGUCGGGAUACUUAAAGCUUUGAUAGAGACGGAGCCUGUUGAGCCCUAGCGCUACCCCUGCUAAUGCUUAUUUACUAUUACAUGUUUAUUCAGUGGUUUCAUCACAGGUCUGUUGGAUUUUAAUGUUGGUCUCAAAACUCAAAGGAAGCACUGAUGAAGCUUUUGUCAGUCUAUGGUCAUUACUCCGCUAUGUUAUUGUAUAAAAGUCCUCUAGAGGGAGCCCUAGUACACAGAUUGACUUAAAGAAAAUAAGGAACCCUUUAAAACAGGGGUUCUCAACUGGUGGGUCCCGACCCAAAUGUGGGUCACAAACACGUUCUGGAUGGGUCACGAACAGCCGGUCAAAAAAGUAUAUAUUUAAUGCGAUAUUUAUUAGAUAUUUGAUACUUUUUGUAUAAGCAACUUCAGUAGUUGUCGUCCUCAUGUUGUCCCCUUCAUGUGCUCUGAAAUGCACUUUACUCAAUAAAACAAGUGGAUUUAUGUUAAAGAUUAGAGUCUUGACUCUUUAAAGGUUUUUUUUUAAUAAAAAAUUAUUUUGCUAGGUUUGAAUUGUAGUGAGACCCAGAGUGAGACCAGUUGAGAACCACUGCUUUAAGAUAUGGGGCUCUAUUUUCGUUCGCGCCGGUGAGGCGGCGGAGGGCGGCGAGCCCCGCGCAGUUGUAUUUUCGUCUGGCGGAGCCCAGCGUAAGGCCAAUUUGGUAUUUUCGUGGCAUGAGCCGCACAGAGGCGAGCUGAGAUCCGCCAAGCUGGGCGUGGUGGUGUGGCAGGGGGAGGUGUUGACAGAAUCAGCUGGCGCAGUGACAUUUUCGUGCUCGCCAAUGGCGUGUAAAGUGCGCUGAAAGCUCGCCGAUUCAAACCUGGUCAGCUUUCAGCGCAAGGCGGAACGCAGCUGGUCUAGUAGUAUUUUGGUAGACCGGCGGCGUAUCGACAUACGUCACUGAUGCCUCACCGGCAGGUUUCCACAGUGUCAGGCACAUUUCAGUGCAAUAAGUAAUCAUCAUCAACUAUUAAUCUGAGUCAGCACAUACAUUUAGAUCUAUAUAGAUAUAUUCUGAUCUAUAUCUGAUCUGAUGAGCGCGUUUGGCACGCGUUUGGACACACAACCUGACCGAAUCAACACAGCUGAAACCGCAUCAAAUUAAAUUAAAUAUCUAGUAAAUAAACACACAUGAUGAAGUUAACAAGAUAUGUAAUUCGUCUCCCUCCUUUUCUUUCUUCCUCUUCCUCUUAUUUCUCGCGCAGCUCGACCUGGACACGUCUCCGUGUCCUCUGUCCGUCUUGCUGCUGCUGCGACUGAACAGAUGAUUUGUUUCAGUGCUCAGAUGCGUGAUCUACUUUAAGCCGACAUACGGAUAUUAUAAUAUUCAGUUUUGUGAGCCAAAUUUAUUUUAUAUGCCAACAUCUAUGAAAGAAAGAGCCAGGCCACGGAGCGUGAUGCGUCAUUUACGCACAGAUGGUUCCAAUUUUAAUGCCAUUUUUGGAGUUUAUGUUGUGAUCUGUGCGCUAAACCCACCUUUGUCACGUGAGGUUUGAAUAUGAGCAACUUUAUGUGAGUGUCUUUAUUUGUGGAAAAGGGUGUUUGUCUUACCAGUGGGACCAACAUUACGCACACUAAAUCCAUCUGUGCUCAUAUGAGAGAGUGUGGAGGACACUUGUUGAGGAGCUGCCCUCUGUCGCCAUCUUGUGGCAUUACUGUCUUAAGACAUCUCUUGAUCUCUUUGACUACUUCAUGAAAAUAGUAAUACGCCUCGCCGGUGGCAGAUUUAAAGGCAAGGAGAGGAGCUUAUGUGAUUGGUGAAAACAGGUCUCGGCUUUGUUAAAAUCACUACACGCCCUUUCUCCGACUUAUGGUGCUGGGAGGAGCUGAGUUAGGGAGGGGGGAUACUUACGCCGGGCUGCGCGGCUCACCAAAAUACCAAAAUGUGCUUGGGAACGCCUUGUCAGCGCGGCGGAUCUGAUUGACGCUGCGCUUGCGGCAGAUCUCCGGCGAAGCACCAAAAUAGAGCCCUUUAUGUUCCUUUAAUAGUCCCACAGGGGGAAAUUCCAAAACUACAGCAUCAUGAGUACAGAUACAAAAAGAGAAAAAUUAAAAGAUAAAGAAAGUUAAAAUUAAAACAAGAUACGUGCAUGCCUCAUAUAUACAUCUGUACAGAAUUUACAUUAUAAUAGGGUUUAUUGCACACUGAGGUUCCUUUCUGGGUCUUUUCUGAGUCCUACCAUGUUUCAUGUAUGUUUUUAUUAUAAACCAGCAUAUUUUGUUCUUAGCAUCAGUUAUAAGUCAAUAUUUAAAACAGAGCUUAGGUUUCACACUUUGGUAAACUUCUAAAUAGUCUUGCUGAUUAAUUAAAGUGAUAGAUCGUCUGGCAAAUAAGUCAAUAGAUUCCAUUAAUAAAUUUAUUUUAUAGGAUACUCUGUUAUAAUUUUGGGCUGUGCAGUGGUCUCCUGUCUCAAUCAUUUGCAUACUUCUCCAAUUUUAGUGACCCUUCACUCGCUACCAGUCUGCUUCAGCAUUGAUUUUAAAAUUCUUUUAAUCGUUUUUAAAGCCCUCAAUGGUCUUGUCCCCACUCCCCAGUCAGAGCCUUAAGGUCCUCUGACCAGUCACUGUUGAGCGUCCCGAAAACCAGGCUCAAGUCUAGAGGUGACAAGGCUUUUCAGCUGUUGCCCCUAGACUGUGGAACAGUUUACGUGGCCAUAUUCGAGCCUCUCAGACCUUAGAGUCUUUUAAAUCAUCUUUAAAACCCACCUUUCUCCCUUGCAUUUAAUAAAUGAGCACACAGGAAUCAGAGGCACUGUAGCUUUUAUUAUUUUACUGUCUGUGUUUUAUUCUACUGUUUUUAAUUUUAUUUUUUAUUGUCAUCUUUUUAUUUACUUCUUUUAUUUAUCCCAUGCACUUUGUUUAACUGUUGUCUUUUAAAGGUGCUUUAUAAAUAAACAUUGACUUGAUUUGUUCUCUUUGCAGGUGAGGAGGACUGAUUGAACCAGAGCAUGUAAGAAUUCCUCAGUUUUUGAGAGCACAGAUUAAAGUAGAUUUAGCUAAGGUCCUAAUUUAUGUGUUGAUGUUUUUUUUUUUACAUUUGAAGGUCAGGAUUAAAAAGUCACGUGUCAGUGCCUGUGGCGGUGGGUUUCAUGUUGGUGGGCCUCCCAUACUCCAUCUCUCUGGCUGCUCAGUGGCUCUAUGGCUGGCCAAACAAACCCGGAUACAAAAAGUACAUAGAAGCUCUGAAACCAAGGUAACUCAUGCGAUAUAGUGAAUCUACUCUUUGUCUCAAUAAAAGAGCUUGUUAAUAAUCUCUUUUUUUCAUGUUUUUUUUCAUUAUCAGGAGAAUUUACUGUAUGACCAGAGCCGUGCUGGAAACCUUGAAAUAUCUGCAGUAUGGGAGACUCUACUUCCAGUGGAAGUCAUGGUACAAGAAUGACAAAAACCAUAAACAUUAUAAAAAGGUGUGUUUGAAGAAGCUGUAAAUACAAUGUGUUUGUAUUUUGGUUUUGUAAAUGUCAGUCAGGAGCUAAGAUAAGGUAUCCACUUAUGCACGUGAAAAUAUUUGCAAUUCUUUCCCAAAUUUUAUGUGAAAGUUCUGUCUGGAAACUUUAAAGGGCAUCACAUUUGGCCGCCGAGGCAACAAGCUGGACUUGUACCAUCCUCCAAAUGUGGGCAGAUCUGAAGAAGUGCUGUCACCGCUGGUGGUUUUCAUCUAUGGAGGGGCAUGGGGCUCUGGAGACAGGUCUAUUUACUGUUUACUGGCGAGGCAGAUGGCUGAAGAACUCAGUGCUACAGUCAUUUGUCCUGACUACUGCACCUAUCCAAAAGUAAGACUUGUUUUAAUUUUUAGUGUAUUCGUACAAUGUUUAAUCCCUCAGCAUGUUAAAAAACUGUAUAGUGCAUGUAAGUUUGGUGUCUGAUCUGACUGGUUUCAUCUGAUUUCUAGGGAAAUGUUUUAGCGAUGGUGCAAGAUAUUGCGGACUGCUUGGUUUGGGCCCAAGAAAAUGGAUCAGAAUUCAGUUUUGACAAAGUAAGAGAAACCCACAAGUAGUCUGAAGAAAUUUUUUAAAACAUUUACAAGAUUCUUGACUCCCUGUAAAUUACCUUGAGGGAAAUCCCUGAAAACCAAACCUAGUUAAAAUUGUCUCUGUACAUUUCUUUGCCACAUAUGACAUCUUAAAUGAAGAAUGAAGUAUAAGCUCAUUUUGAGGAUCAAUUGUUGUUUUGUCUGAGAACUCACCUUUAUUUCCACUGUCACAUUAGUGACCCCACUGAGAUCUUUCUCACUGUUCGGUUCUUUUGCAUCCACAUUAACCCAAUGUUCACUUCAGAUGAGAUGCUGUUAUACUUGAUAUUUUCUUCUUUUUCUGUGUUUCCUAGAACAACAUCGUGUUGAUUGGUCAUUCAGCGGGUGCACAUUUGUGCGCACUUACCACUCUGUUUCUCAUUGAUGCAAGAGAAGAGCUUUUCAUGGAGGUCAGCAAACAGAAGAGCAUUACACUGGCAAUAAGAGGAAUAAUGGGUAAGGAUCUCUGCACAGUGAAUCACCCAGUCUCGCAGUUGCUUCUGUAUGUUACACUGAGGAAAACUGCCACUAGGAUAAAUGUGUCUUAAGUAUUUUUUUUUCUGUGACAUUAAAAUUUUAAUAACAUUUAAUGCUUCAAACAUCCUCCUCUGUCAUGUUUUCAUUUAUGUAACCUCUCUUAUUACCUGGUCAGGUUUGAGUGGCGUCUACAACAUCAUGGACCACUAUGAGCACGAGCAGAGGCGAGCUAUCGAAUAUGUCUCCACCAUGCACAAAGCCAUGAACGGAGUGGAGAACUUUCCGUACUACUCACCAACACAUUUACUGAAGGAGUUCAGUCAGGACAAAGUGAGCAGGUGAGACUGAGACAAGGUAAAAGAAGUAGGAAUACACAAGAGAAAAUGUAUUCUGUGAGUAGUCCUCACAAUGACUCCAUAGUUAGAUAAUAUGACUAUUCAUAGAUUAAAACAAAACUCAGAGUGAUUGAACUGUAUGCAGAGGGAAUAGGGAAACUGCCACUUGAUCAAACAUUAACAAUGAUGUGAAUGAAAUCUCUGUGUCUACCAGAGUUCCUCCAUUCGCUUUGCUCCAUGGGACCACUGACAUCAUCGUCCCCGUCGAGUCUUCCACAAAGUUCUCCGAGCUCCUCACCGCGCUGUCCUUAAAGGUGUCGCUGUACCUGCUGCCAAAGGUUGAUCACACUGAGAUGGUCACCGACCUCAUGGCACCAGACAGGCGCUUCUACCAUCCCAUCUACAGCUGUAUCAAACAGGAGUACAUAAAACUGUCAGAGACCUGCUGAUGUCCAAUCAAACCAUCUGUUUGUCAUUUAUUUUACAUACUUUCUGUUCUAAUACCUCAAAGAAAACACAGUAAGCCUUGAUUCUGACUUGAUUCUUUUACAUUAGUUGAUUCAUGAGUUUUUAUCUUGUCUAUUGUAGCAGCAUAACAUCAUUUUAUGUAAUUUUGAUACAUAAAAUCAUUUUGAUACAGAGCGAUAUCACCCAGGUUACAGUGAAAUGAACAAACAUGAUGUUAAUCCAGCUCAAACUUUUCUUGGUUUAUUUCAAUAUCUCAAAUAACUUUUCAUUGACCUCAGACACAUUCAACCAAGCUGGGGGAACCUCAUCUUUUGUCUUUAUUAACUGAGCACAAGUCUCUCUUUUUAGCAGUAUUAAAUUAUGUUAUUAUUAUUAUUAUUUCACACAAUUCGAUUAAUCAUGCUUUGUUUUGAAAGUUCCAUGUUGACUUUACAACAUGAUUACUUGUGGUGCUAUGUAUGCAAUAUAAAAAACAAUGAGAAUCAAAGUAUCUCAGUCUGACUUUUUUACAAAAGUAUUGGUAUUUUUUUUUCUUUUCUUUUAAAGAUUCACAAAGUUUUGUGCUGAGUGCACAAAACAUGCACAUGCACAAUCAACCACCAUUUCUUCAACAAGAGGCUUUACUAUGGUUACAGUGUGGUGGGAAACAAGUGAAGCUAGCUACGAUAUGAACAUGACAUGAUAAAUAGUUGUAUGAGCGCAGUCAAGAUGCAGACUGUUAAAAAUGUGAUAUUGGAUUUUUGCUGAAUCAAUACAUACCUUUCUUUUUGAUUAUAAAAAAACGCAAAGUCUUUCUUUUUUUUUAACUUAUUCUCUCACUGUGACUGUUUAUUUCAAUUAUACCGUGUGAAAAUUUGGCUGCUAAUGGAGUGUAAAGUCUAAAUGUAGCUAUUUGGUAGGAAAAACCCUCCUGUAAUAAAAGGACAGCUUGUUCCUCUUAACAGUGGUAGGCUUGGGGGAUACAAGAACGCCCUCUAAAGUGGCACACUGGAGUGAUAUGUGUCAAAGUUGCCUCUAGGGUGUCCCUCCAGUGGAGUCAGCGUGAUGCAGAGCCAUACAGUCUGCCCCACAUGCUAGAAAGCCAGUUUGUCCUUGCCCCAAAGAGCCUCUGAAUGGUUAGAUAGUUCACACUUCCCUGUCUGUUUUUAUUACAGUGCUGCUCUACUUACUGAUGCCCCAACGCAUGCAGCUGCUGCCCUUUUUGUCCUCCUACCCCCUGUUUCUCAGACAACCUGAGUCAGCCGCUGCCUCUGCACAUGACCACACACCAGACAGCACAUUUUUGUCUCUGACUGGAGUCAAACACAAAAAAAUAAUGCCAAGGUUCCUUUGUACAGAGAUUGAUGAUGACAAAAUAAGAAUUGAAGCAGAUAAACAAAAAGUUUAACUGCUGCUUUAAAAAAUAGAAGGAACUUGUGUUAUUUAAUUAAAUAGUAUGGCUCAGAGAACAACGUGCAUCAUUUUCAUCUAACAUUUUAAUACAGAGGACCUCAUCCGACUUCUGCAAAAGGCCAUGUGUGCCAUUAAAAAAAUAUAUCCCUUUUAGGGGGGUUAGCAUACUUUAUUACAUCGAUGCCGCUGGUUAUGACUCAGCACUUUUAACUGGAUUUAUUUGGAGAUGGUUACAUGGCAUUUAAAAUGUUUGUGUUGUGCAAAGUGGUUAAGAGUGAAAUCCCACAAUCGAGUUGCACAAAAGAAUUAUAAUUUUUGACCAAAAUAUCACAAAAUGCUUCAAUUUGAAAUAAAAUUAACGAUAUGCACGUUCAGGUUUGCUGAUCAGCUGCUUCUUCUCUUCCCCAAGUCCAGGCUGAAAAUCAGAGGCAUCCAUGCCUUUGUAUUUACCUUUAAAGCUGCAGUGAGGAACUUUUCAUUUGCGUGUCUUUGCUCACAGUCUUUGCUUAUCUUGUCCUCUUCACGCUUGAGUGUUUGUUAAAAGAGUGACUUUUAACAAUAAAAUUAUUUUUUUUUA